AUGGAGGAAGAUGAGGAUGUGCCUAUUAUAUUGGGAAGACCCUUUUUAGCCACAGGGCAAGCUUUGAUAGAUGUCCAGAUGGGUGAGUUAAGGCUUAGAGUACAACGUGAUGAAGUAGUUUUUAAUGUUUUUAAAGGCUUAAAAUAUCCUUCAGCUAGUGACAGUUGUUUUAGUGUUAGUGUAUUGGAGGAACAAGAGGAAGGGGUCAAGUUUAUUGAGGAUCCACUUGAGUUGAGUUUUGGUGUUACAAGUUUGGUUGUAAGUCCAGAAGAGUGUGAUGGUACUGAAGCCAACGAAUAUGUUAAGUGGUUGAUCUCAGAGGGGCAAGUUUAUAAAAAGAAAUAUGAGGAAUUAGGGCAAGUGAUUGAGAGACCGCUCCCAUCUAUUAAGAAGCCACCAGUUCUUGAGUUAAAGACAUUGCCUGAGCGCCUUCGGUAUGCAUAUUUGGGUGAGAACAACACACUGCCGGUUAUUAUUUUAGCUUCGUUGUCUCCGAUAGAAGAAGAGAAGUUACUUAGGAUGUUGAGGGCUCACAAGCUAGCAAUUGGGUGGACUUUGGCAGAUAUCAAGGGUAUAAGCCCUUCAAAGAUGAUGCACUGUAUAUUAAUGGAGGAGGAUAGUAAGCCUAGUAUUGAUGCUCAGAGGAGGCUUAAUCCUUUAAUGAAGGAGGUAGUUUCAAAGAAAGGUGGCAUGAUGGUGGUUAAGAACGAUAAUAAUGAAUUGAUUCCAACUCGUACGUUGACGUGGUGGAGAAUUUGUAUAGACUACCGUAAACAGAAUAAGGAAACAAGGAAGGACCAUUUUCCCUUGCCUUUUGUAGAUCAGAUGUUGGACAGAUUGGCAGGCCAUCCGGAUUACUGGUUCUUGGAUGGGUAUUCGGGUUACAAUAAAAUUCCCAUUGCACCAGAGGAUCAAGAAAAGACCACCUUCAUGUGCCCUUAUGGAACAUUUGCAAUUCGAAGAAUUCUGUUUGGGUUAUGUAAUGCUCCAGCAACUUUUCAGUGA